CGUUUUUCUUAUAAAAAUGAGUAUCAACUGGGUUAUGUUGACACAGGAUGGUAAGGCACCUGUUCCUUUACCACAAGAGAAAAUAUUCUUUACUCAAAAAGAUGUAAAGCUGAUUUUGGACUGUAAUGAAACGGAAGCAGGAUAUCCGGGACAUUCAGAAGGUUAUUUUGAGUCAAACAAGGGCACUGUUAUUUUAUCAAAUCAAAGAAUCAUGUACCUAGUAGAACAUCCCAACAGUGAAUUUAAGAACUUGAAUGUGCCCAUCAUGAACUUUAAGAAUUGGAAGCUUGAGCAACCUUGGUUUGGUGCAAACUAUAUCGCUGGUGUUGUUCUUCCUGUUCAAAAUGGUGGAUUAACAAAGAAUAGCCAGUUGAAACUCACGUUUAGUGAAGGAGGUGCUAUUGAAUUCACUACUAUUUUACGUAGCCUAUUAGAACGUAUGGGUGAGUCAAACGAUAUUCCAGCUGAAUAUGAGCCUUUGCCUACUUACCAACCUGAUCAAUCUUCUUCAUCACCACCUGAUCAUGAUUUACCUCCACAAUACUCUGCUUAAUUUUUUGAGCAUAAACAAUAAAGCUUCAAUCCUAUUCUAAACAGUACAAUGCGU